AUGGCUCACCUCCCGCCUUUUGGCACUUCGCAGGCAUUCCUGGCAUCCUUUCUUCUGUGGUCGGCGCUUGCCUCUGAUGACUUAGCUGACCGUUCCAAAUAUGCUGCACCACCAGACGAACCCGCCGGCCGUCACUUCCCAGACUACUGCCUACUGAACCCAUCCGAACUGCCCUGCCCAAUCUACUGCGCAUCUACGUCAUCAACGGUGACGUCAACCCUUGGUGCCUACUUAAACUCCCGGCCGUUCGACACCAUCUUCAGUGGGCGCGGGAGUGGCAACAGCAUCAUGGCUCACCUCCCGCCUUUUGGCACUUCGGCACUGGAUAAGAACAUGGAUGACUGUCAGGCCAUCGCCGCACCUACUACAAGUUGGAGGGUCCCCGCCAGUCAAGAGGUACCACGCACUUCCAAUGAGUGGAAUCACCUCCCCGCCUCGAUAGCCACUAUCGCAGAUCACCAAUUAUUCAAGAAUGUCAUAGCUAACACUGUAUAA